AUGGAUUCAAAGAAUUAAUGGAACUAAAAGUCAUCAGUACAAGAAUUUGGAAUACAAAAAUCAAGUGUGGCUAAGCCAGUGCAUCAAUAGCCAAAGCCAACACAAUAGGUGGCUCCUAAGAAUGAGCAUGAUCCGAAUCAGCUUGUGCGUAGAGUGACGAAAAGGAAUAUUGCAAUAAAAAAAUCAAUAGCCACAAACGAAGGCACUAUCUAUGAGACAUUUGAGCCAUUAAUGAAACCAUAGACUCCAUAGGAUAUUGGAUUUAUAGUAAAAUGCUUUUAAUCUCAUUUUGUGUUUUCGUCCAUGAAUGAAACUUAAUUGUAAGAUUAGAUAAUUAAUUGAAGAGUGCAAUUAGCUAAAAGUAUGUUCUAUUGUAGAUUGGUGAUUGGACAAACUAUAAUAAAGUAAGGGGAUGGAGCAAGUUCAUUUUUUGUGUUGGAAAAGGGUAAAAUAAAUGUGUUGGUUGAUGGAAUCUCUAGAAAACAAUUAAGCUAAGGAAAUGGGUUUGGUGAAUUGGCCUUGUUAUACAAUGCUCCAAGAUCAGCAACAUGUGUGGCAAUGGAAGAGUGCUUUUUGUGGGGAAUAGACAGACAUACUUUUAGAAAGAGUGUGGAAAAUGUAAUGAGGAGUGAACAAGAGAAGAAUAGAUAGCUAUUAGAAUAAGUUAAGUUUUUCAGUAAUCUAUUAUAUUGAAUCUUUAGACUAAUUGACAAAGGAUUAAAAAGAUGCCAUUGCAGGAGUGUUGAUAUUGUAAAAGUUUAAUCAAAAUGAAAUUAUAGUAAAUGAAGGAGAUCAAGCUAGUUCAUUCUAUAUCAUAGUUGAGGGCAAAUGUGGAGUCUUCAAUAAGGAAGAUGUUUAGAUUGCAACUCUGAAUUCCAAAGACUCUUUUGGUGAAUCCGCUUUGAAACAUGAUAAUCAAAUUAGAAUGAUGACAAUCAAGGCAAUAGAAAAGGAUACCAAAGUGGUGGCUUUGGGAAAAGAUAUGAUCACAUAGAUUCUCGGGGAUAAAGUGCAAUAUAUUAUUUAUAAGAAUAUUUGUAAAUGGGCAUUGAAUAGAUCAAAAUUAUUUGGCAAAAUUCCUGCUUCAGUUUAAGAUAAGUUAAUCGAAGGAGUUAUUUAUAGGAAAUACACUGCUGGAUAGAAGGUAAUUAAUAAAGGAGACAAAGUUGGAUAUUUGUAUAUAGCUUUGGAAGGCAAUGUGUUGGAUGAUCAGAAGAAUGUUAUUGCUAAUAAUAUCUUGAAUGAAGAAUCUCUCUAUGAUGAAGUUGCCAAUACUAAGCAUUCACAAUCCUAUACUAUGGAGACUGAAGGACAUGUGGCUGUCAUCGAUUACGAUAAAUAUCGUACUACAUAUGGAAGUGUUGAAAAAUUAUAAGAAAAGGACUAAAGCAAUGUUCCCUCUGAAGAACACUAAUAAUCUAAUGAUUUAGUCAAAUAGUUUUAGUUGAAAGAUCUGAUUUUCUUGAAUAAACUAGGUUCUGGAUAGUUUGGAUCUGUCUAUCUCUGUAGGAAUAAAAACUAAGAAACUUUAUUUGCACUCAAAUAUGUCACCAGAGCUCAUAUCCAAUAAUAUGGAAUCCAAAAACAUGUCUAAUAGGAGAAGUCGGUCUUGGAAAUGAUGAAUCACCAGUUCAUACUUAAAUUUUAUCGAUCAUUUAAAGAUGCUGAAAACAUCUACUUUCUCACUGAGUAUAUUGCUGGAGAAGAACUAUUUGACGCGAUUAGAGAAAUUGGAUUAUUGGGCAAAUAUGACUCUUAAUUUUACACUGCUCAAAUGAUACUACAAAUGGAGUAUCUACACACUGUCCAUUAGAUUGUUUAUAGAGAUAUUAAGCCAGAAAAUGUUAUGGUUGAUUAAUUUGGUUACCUAAAGUUGAUUGAUAUGGGUACUGCAAAAAGUCUCAAAAAUGUUUGUAAUUAUAUCCAUUAAAACCUUAGCUCCUCCGAAAACAUUCACUAUAAUAGGAACUCCUCAUUACAUGGCUCCUGAGGUUAUCUCUGGUAAGGGGUACGGGUACUUUGCAGAUCUGUGGAGUGUUGGAUGUUGUCUCUAUGAAUUUUUAUGUGGAGGUCUGCCUUUUGGAGAAGAAUAGGAAGAUCCAUUCGAAAUUUAUAAAGAAAUCGUAAAGAAUCCUCUUCAUUAUCCAUCAUAUAUUACUGAUAAGACAGCUAAAACAAUUAUUGAAUAGUUGCUGAAUAAGAUCCCUGAAUGCAGGUUGGGAGGAUCCUAUUCUUCUCUCAAAAACAAUUAAUGGUUCUCUGAUUUUGAUUGGGUAUUAAUGAAUGACUAUUCUAUUUUAGAACAAGUUAAUGUAGCGUCAACUCCAGCCUCCAUUAAUACCUAAGAAGGAGAAACUAAUGAAUGAAUCACAAAUUUUGGAAUAAUUGAAAAAGAAUAUUUUGGUUAUAGAUUAGAUCUAAAAGGAUACAAUGGGUUAGAAGAAGGUGUUUGCUUAACCAAAAGAUGCAGAGUGGGAUUCAAUAUUUUGA